GUCGCAUAAUAAACUAUAUUUAAAUCUAGCUUGACUACCGGAAUACUGCCACUCUCCAAAUCCGUGUUCAUAUAGUAUCGUGCAAACUAUCUGCGUUUCUCCUCGAUCCAGCCACAACGAAACUCACCAGCCGUCUCCCCCACAUCGUCGACCAGUAGAGACUUUCAGCAUGGAAGAACAUGAUAAGACUGGGGGUAAUGCGGGAGAGGGCGAUGGCAGAAUAUCCAACAAUACCAAGGGUAAGGAGAAACAUGCAUCUACCAGUGCCUCUAGAUCCAUCGCCAACCGCCUCCAAGCUUCCGGGAGGUUGGCGCUCAACGCAGUGACUGGUGGCCCUGACCUAGCCAGCCAGCAAGUUGGGGAAAAGGGUGCGGCGAGCUUCAGCAACCUUGACACGUCAAAGGCAGGGGAGGCAUCGUCACACAGGCUGCACUGGACAGGAAUGGGCGAUUCCAUGAGAAUGCAAACAUCAUUGGACACCAGCACGGCAUCUCGGGCGUUUAAUGAUUUUGUUGGGUCUGGGUCUUCUUUGGACUUUGAGCAACAGCAUCACCAUCAGCAGUCAUAUCAACGAGAUUCAUCAUUCGUCAAGCAACAGAGGGUGGACGGCGCAGCAGUUGUCAAUCUGCUCGAUGGACCCGACGACGAUGAGCUUGACUUGGGAGCUCAUACUGAUGCGGCCGAUGACGAUGGUCUAUCUCCCGAGGCGGCGGCCAAGCUUCGAGAAGCCCUCUUUAAUUCCACACAUCUCGAGCCCCGUUGGGACGAUAUGCUCAACUUCACCCCGGACUUUCUCAGCGAGCCGGCUGCCUCGGCGGAGGAUGCGCAGCUCCACCUAGGGACCAGGAACCUUGACGAGGCACGAAGCAUCUGGCUCCAUCAAUGGAGCGACGUUCUCUCCUCAUACACUGACCAGGUUUGGGGCGACCUGGAGCCGCUGGCGGCGGAGGCUCGGCGCGAGGUGGAAGAGCUGUCUUCCAGGGAAGCCGUCCCCAACCAAGCGCCAGAAACGAAGGCACUUGAUCGGUUGAGACAGAUCCUGGCCCACGUCCGGGGCCAUUGAUGAUGAUUAACUGCGGAACAGGGCCCCCUUGUAUGCAUAUUAUUCACUUUGUCUUCAAGCAGUCUACUACAUAGUACACUUGUUAAUGAACCACCUACGAACUAAGGGUUGACUAGGAGGCAUUUGACGGCCAGGGAGCGGUUGCUUGGUGGGCUGUGGAUGCGG